AUGCUGAUAUGGGUGAGUAUCAUCAUACUAUCUCGGUAUGUCACGUCAUAUAACAUCUUGGUAUACUCACCCACCAUCAGUAAAUCGCAUAUGAUUAUGAACGGUAGAAUUGCAGACGCUUUAGCUAAUGAUGGACAUAAUGUGGUGAGUUUACAUAGGUAAAGGAUGGUAUAUUAUAAUAGAUUGGCGACUAAGUCAGCUGCUAUUUGUUAUUCACCUCUAAAACAACAUUUUUAAACUUUUUUUUGUAAAAUUUACUAAGUAAGGGCAAUAUUAUGAUGUCCUUGUAGACAUUGAUGGAAACAGACCUAGUCGAAUACCCAGGGUCACUAAAAACAGUAAAAUAUGCAAAUCAUUGGACAGAGACCUUUGAAUGGCCACAAAGAGUAAGAGAUCUUACUCACGGAGCAGACAUGUUGUCGUACAGUAUCAUGAAUGCAGUUCGUAUGUUGGAUAGUAUGAAUCGAUUUUCUGCCUCGGCUUGCUUGGGUAUGUUGCAAUGUUUUGUUUUUACUUUUUUGUGCUGUAAUAUUUUAAAACUCAUAGUACUUCACUUUUCCUUCAAAGUACUUUUAAAUUUACCUUGUAAUUCAUAGCUAUAGUAUCCUUACUUUCAGCAUUACUUCGAGACCAACGGUUGAUGACUAAAAUUGAAUCGGGUAACUUCGAUGUGAUCAUGUUCGAACAGUUCGAUGUAUGUCCCUUCAUCAUAUCUCAUAUCCUGAACAUACCGGUCAAGAUCUGGAUGUCCAGCUGCCCUAUAAUGGAGCACCAAGCUGAACUAGCUGGAGUACCAGCCGCUUACAGUUUUGUGCCAUCUUCUUUGAAUGGCUUUGCUGGUGAUCGUAUGUCACUGUCGGAGAGAUUUUGGAACACGAUACAGAGUUUUUUGUUGAAAUAUCAUUAUUUGGAUUACUGGCAUGACUUCCACGAAGAAUUGAAGACUGAGUUUGGGUAGGUGUUGAUGGUUUCUUGGUCGAAAAGUCUGUAGAAACAUCAAAAUGCUUUUAUAAAAUAGAAUUUUCGUUGUGUAAUCUGAUUAUAUUGUCUAUAAGUUAUAUUUCUUACACUGAAACACGAUCUGAGUUUCAAAUGACAUCAAUAACGAUAUUGUUUUAGACACAACUUCCCCCACCCAAGCGACUUGGCCAAAGAAACCGAACUGAUCCUGGUCAAUACAGACGAACUGGUUGAUUUCCCUCGACCAUUACCUCCAAAUGUCAUCCAUAUCGGAGGUCUGGGAAUGGACAAAGUAGACACUUCUCUACCAGAUGACUAUGUUAAUAUCAUGAGUAGAGGAAAGAAUGGCAUUAUCUACUUCUCGUUCGGCUCUGUUGUACCUACUAAUGCGUUACCUCAGGUAUACAUGAAGAACAUUAUCGAUUCUUUUGGCAGGAUGCAAGAUUACUAUUUUGUUGUUAAGAUCUCAAAGAAUGACACAUUUUCUAGACAAUACUCGUCGAGGUUCAGUAAUGUCUACACGAGGAGUUGGGUGCCACAAACCGGGGUUUUGGGUAAGUAUUAUGCGUUGGUAUUGAACUGGGUACUUUCUGUGAUACCAAGCUGUCAAAAAGUGAAUAGAAAAUCUCACAGUAAUGUUAUAAUUGACAUGAAAAGGCAUGUAUAGGGAAAUGUUUUAACCAAACUAUAACAUCCGUCAAAACUAACCUCCGCAAAUUUGCAAUUUAUAAUAUAGUAGCUAACAUCAUAUAAUUCCAGCUCACGAUCGCCUGAAGCUUUUCAUAACUCACGGUGGCUACAAUAGCAUAAUGGAAGCCUCAAGGUAUUCAGUGCCUCUAUUAUUGAUAGGAAUGUUUGGCGAUCAACCAAGGAAUUCGAAAUUGGUGGAAAGAAAUGGAUGGGGAUUGAGUUUGGACAAGACAUCAUUACUAUAUGGAUCUCAGGAGUUUGAGGAGAAGAUGAAGGAGUUACUAACCAAUAAGAAGUAGGUUUUGAAUAUAUUUUUUAAAUUUUUUUUAAUUUUUGGUGUUUUAAGCAAAAAGCUGCCAUUUUAUUAAAAUCUUUUCAAAGUCUGUGUUUAAUUCAAAAUUAUAAAAAUCGCUCCAUCAUUCGACUACAUUCAGGAAAUUGUAGUUGUGUACAUAAAGUAAGAACGAGAAGCUGUGAAUCUAAUCACCGAGUUCUCAUUACAAGUUCACGUGAAAACACAUGUUAUACUUGAUUUUCUGGGUACAAAUUUUUAUUAGGAUUUUAUUUUUAUGUGGGUUCUAAUAGCACAUUAUCAACAGUAUUUUGAUGGAUUUACUGACAAUAUAGUUUAAAAAGGGUUUUCUACAGUAAUUUAAACUUAAAAAGCGAGAAUAUAUCUGAUAAACAAUUAUAAUAUAAAAAACAACAGCAACAACUAACCAAAAGAGAAACAAGAUAAACAUAAGAUACCUUCAGAUACAAACAAACAGCAAUCAGAACGACCCAGCUUCUAAAGACGAAGCCCCAAACAGGGGAACAACGUCUGUUGUCGUAUGUCAGAUUCCUCGAACUUAACAAUGGUCGAUUGCCGGAGCUUCGAAUGAUCGCUAAUGAGCUGUCUCACAUCGAGUACUUCAAUUUGGAUGUCUUGGCCAUACUGAUUGCUACUGGAUGUGUGGUUACUGCUGCAGCUGUUUACAUUGUUUCCAGGGUUCUUCAGGUUGUUGUUAACUCACGGAAAGUCAAGGUGGACUAG